ACCUCUUCAUCUCGAUCUGUUUCUGUGAUCCUUCGAUCCAUUGAGAGGGCUCCUGCACAAUAAUUUCUCUUAUGUACGUACAUAUGCAUGUAUAUUUAUACAAUUGAACCAAAUCAAGUUCUCGUGAUCAAUUAAUAUAUUCCGAUCGAACCAAAUCAAGUUGGCCACCAUGGCUUGCGACAAGAGCUUCUCCAAAACCCAUGUGUUGCUGUCUCACGAGAAAGCCUCCAUCCUCAAGGCCAUCCGCUUCUUGUUUUUCCGACACAUAGACAAGACAGAUUUCAUAGACUGCCCUGCAAGCACAGAGCAAUGCUUCAAGCACAGGUGCAUCAUAUUUGCGUCCAUCAUGGUGCAGAUGCUGCUGCAAGCUGUGGCCACGCCGCUCGCUUGGUUUGGGUCUCUUCUGGAGAUGUGGCUCAACCUCCUCUCCAGCAACACCAGCUUCGUCGUCUUGCUAUGGAAUCUCCUCCGAGGGAAGCUCGUGAUUCCAGAUAAAAAGUCGGCAACUUUCUUGUCGAUUGUUGGACAUGUAGAUAGCCGAGUUGAGUUGGACAGAAACAUCAAACAUGGCGAUAGCAGGUACCAUGCUGCACUGUCUAUGAUGGCUUCCAAAGCAUCCUACGAGAAUAAAGCCUACCUCCAAACUGUAGUCAGAGAUCACUGGAAGAUGGAGUUCGUGGAUUCUUUUGAUUUCUAUAAUGAGCAUCAGAAAAAAUCUACCACACAAGCGUUCGUUUUCCGAGACAGGAAUGUCGAACCAGAACUCAUAGCCGUUGCCUUCAGAGGCACCGAAAUGUUCGACGCAGAUGCAUGGUGCACCGAUUUCGACAUCUCCUGGUACGAGCUCCCCGAAAUGGGGAAAGUCCAUCGCGGCUUUAUGAGGGCCUUGGGCCUACAGAAUUCCACUGGCUGGCCUAAGGACAUUCAACCGGCCGACGGCCAAAAGCCGGUGGCCUACUACGCCCUCCGAGAAUUGCUGAAAAAGCAUUUGCAUGAUAAAGCAAAGUUCAUCGUGACCGGCCACAGCUUGGGCGGCGCUCUGGCGGUGCUUUUUCCGGCGGUUUUGGCGUUUCACGGCGAGGAAUGGUUGCUGGAGAGGCUAGAGGGGGUGUACACGUUUGGACAACCGAGGGUGGGAGAUGAAAAGUUCGGCGAUUUCAUGAAACAGCAGCUACGUAAAUACAACAUUCGAUACCACAGGUUCGUGUAUAGCAACGACAUGGUUCCCAGGUUGCCGUACGAUGAUCCGACGUUCAUGUUUAAGCACUUCGGGACCUGCCUAUACUUCAACAGCUUCUAUGAAGCCCAGGUUGUUUCAGAAGAGCCAAACAAGAACUACAUCUCGCCAUUAUCACCUAUAUCGAAGAUUAUAAAUGCAAUCUGGGAGUUGAUCAGAAGCUUCACCAUUUCAUACACAGAGGGAUCGGACUACAAAGAAGGGUGGAUGCUUCGAGCGGUGAGAUUAUUGGGGUUGGUGGUGGCAGGCGUGCCAGCUCAUAUGCCACAAGAUUAUGUCAAUGCCACACGAUUGGGAUCGUUUGACGAAUACCUGCAACUCCGUAAUCAGAAGAAACUGAAAGCUUUGGAUGCCUCGCGAAAUUAAUUACUAACUUUUAUUAUCUCAUAAUAUAAUUUUAUAUUUAUUUAUUGCAUUUAUAUUUAUGGUUAUUGCUUAUUUAAUGUACUCAUGUUACACGAUUCUUUCACCUUCCAUUGUAUAUAUAAAUUGGAUAUAUAUGAAAACUUUGUCACAUAUUACACUA